CGCCCAAACGUUGUACACAGACUUGGAAUCAUUCCCAGGUUCAGAGAAGGUAACGCCAAUAUUAUAUUACUCUCUUCCUGCAAUUUGGGUUUACCUUCCUCCCAACCUCAACAACACCCACUUCAUUCUUCAAAUUCUUGUCUUUCAUUGGCGGUAAAUAUCAAGCAUCAUGGUAAAGCUGGAGCAAACUAUGGUGUUCUUUUCCUAUUAGUCAUCUGUGAACUUGGGCAUUUUGUUUAGCUUUUGAUUAGAAGCAUCUGGGGAAUUUGAGUGGGGUCUUUUGCCAUGUCUCAUUCCAAGAAUGGUGCUAAUAAGCCCGGCAACCGAAACCUUCCUUCAUGGGUGAGUUCAAGAGACAAUGAGAGUGAGUCUCCUGAAAAGAAACCAAAUGGGGAUGGUGAAGGUGAGGAAAGGAAGGAGGGUCAAAAGCCCACGCAAGGGAAAGGGCGGGGAAGCAGCAAGAAUUCUGGUGCAUCCAGCUCGGGAACAACAAAUGUGUCCAAACUUCUGGAAGGGGUUGUGUUUGUACUAUCUGGUUUUGUUAAUCCUGAGCGCAGCAUUUUACGGUCACAGGCGUUGGAAAUGGGAGCAGAAUAUCAGCCUGAUUGGAGUUCAGAAUGCACUCUCUUGGUUUGUGCGUUUUCAAACACCCCUAAGUUUCGACAAGUUGAGGCAGAUUGUGGAACUAUUGUUUCAAAGGAAUGGAUAUCAGAGUGUUACACGCAGAAGAAGCUUGUUGAUAUAGAAAGUUACCUUAUGCAUGCUGGGAAACCCUGGCGUAAAAGCAGUGUUUCCCAGGACAACAGGCAUGACCAGAGAUUAUCCCGGCCUAGUAGAUCUAAAAAGCAGGAUGGAGAUUCUCCUUCAAAACCAACUGCCUCUGCAACUUUAAAGCAUGUCAAAGCUGCUGACUCUGUUAGAGAGUGCUUUUCUCCAUCUGAAGUGAAGAAGUGGGCAGUCAAUGAUUUGAAGAAGACGAUAUCAUGGCUGGAGAGUCAAGAAGAAAAGCCAGACCCAGAUGAGAUAAAGCAGAUAGCAGCUGAAGGGAUUUUAACUUGUUUACAAGAUGCCAUAGCUUCUCUGGAACAAAAACAGGAUGUCCAGCAGAUAACUGAACAAUGGAAUUUCAUUCCUCAUGUAGUUGAGGAGCUUGCAAAGCUCGAAAGCACAGGAAAUAACUCUGUGGCCAUAUCAAAGGAAGAUCUUUGCAGACAGGCUAUGGACUGUAAACGAAUUUAUGAGGUAGAACUUCAUAAUUUGGAUGAUGAUUCUUCAAGGAAGAAAAAACGAAAGACUGGAAGACGAGAGAAGGACAAAGGGGAAACUGAAGCACUAUGCAGCGGUGCCGCAGUAUAUGACAGUGAUGAAACACUUGAGAUGACAGAAGAGGAAAUCGAUCUUGCAUAUAAUACUAUAGCUUCCAAGAUCUCUAAUACAGAGUGAUCUCUAUCUCAUGUACAUGUCUAGAUGAUUGACAGUAAAAUCUUGUUUGCUUUAAAAAAAAAAAUUCUUAAAAAUUUUUGGUACCUUCUCAAAGUUUCUUCCUUGAUACUUUUUCCUAUAGAGGUGAAUUUUCUCAAGCACUUGUUUGAGUAACCUCAUUGCUUUCGCUCACUUAGAAGGAACGAGCAUUGAUGUCGUUCGAGAAGUCCAGAUUUGAAAAAUUUUCUCUGGUUUCGGUUUGUUCUGCAACUCUCUCUGCGCUGCGACUAUUUCCU